GGCGGAGAGCGGGCGGCACCUUGCAGCGGGCGGAAGUAACACUGUUCAUCUGUCCUUCAUCUUCCCUGGACACCCACAAGGCUGAUGAGAAAUGGAGUCCUAAACCAUCUGUGAUCCUGAAGAUGAGCAGUAGGGAGUAUCCAGGAGCAGUGACUUCAGCAAGGUGAUCUCAUCCUACUUGCGAUGUUGCUGUGUUUGUUUUUGAAGAGUUGAGAUCCUAAAAUCUGUUCCAUCUGCACCUCCUGUAGGCAAAGAAACUGGCCACCCCCACCUCAUCUCAUUACAAAACUAUAGAGUGAAGAUGUAGCUGUUGGCACCUGUUUUCCUUUUAAUAUUCAUUUUUAGUUGACCACCUCAAAAAUAUAACUCCGAACUUGCAUUUUCUUGGAGAUGGACUAUGUGGUGAAAAGAUGAGAUGUCUCCCUUUCCACCUGCUGGGAGUGUGCUUGAGUUUCCCUGGAAAGUGAUGAUACAGGGCGAAACUUGACAGAGCUGAGCUCACCAGGGCAUGCUGCCAUCCAAAGGCAAGGUUGCUUUUCCUUUUCAGCACUUGGCUGUGAGCUGAGCUGGCAGAAUACUUAACAGAGCAACAUGUAGUGUAGUAUUAAAGGUCUUAGAGCUUCUGUGGCUUUGGAGCCUGGAUGGGGCUGGCUCUGUUUAGUAUCUUUAUUGAUGAGGGGAUUGAGUGGACCCUCAGUAACUCUGCAGAUUAUACCCAUCUCGGAAGAAGUGUAGAUCUGUCUGAGGGUAGGAAGGCCCUUCAGAGGGACCUGGACAGGCUGCACUGCUGGGCUGAGGCCAUUGGGAUGAAAUUUGACAAGGGCAAGUACUGGGUCCUGCACUUUGGUUGCAACAACCCCAUGCAGCACUGUGGGCUUGGGGCAGAGCGGCUGAAAGCUGCAUGGAGAAAGAAGAUCUGAGGGUGUUGGUUGACGCUCAGCUGAACAUGAGCCAGCAGUGUGCCCAGGUGGCCAGGAAAGCCAAUGGCAUCCUGGCUUGUAUCAGAAAUAAUGUUGCCAGAAGGAGCAGGAGCUGAUCGACCCUCUCUAUUCAGGUCUGGUGAUGCUGAACCUUGAGUGGUGUGUUCAUUUCUGGGUCCUUCACUACAGGGAAGAUGUUGAUGCCCUGGAGAAUAUCUGGAGAACGGCAGCAGAGCUAUAAAAGUUCUAGAGCACAGGUCUUAUGGGGAGUGGCUGAGGGAACUGGGAUUAUUCAGUCCAGAGAAGAAUAGAGUCUGGGAGACCUUAUUGCCCUUUACAGCUGCCUGAAAGGAGGAUGUAGUGAAGUGGGGGUCAGCAUCUUCUCCCAGGUAACAGCGAUAGGACAAGAGGUAAUGGCCUCAAGUUGUGCCAGGAGAGAUUUAGGUUGGAUAGUAAUAAAAAAUUAUUCUCAGAGAGAAUGGUCAGUCACUGGAACAGACCGCCCAGGGUUGAGUCACUGUCCCUGGAGGUGUUCAUGAACUGUGGAGAUGUGGCACUGAGGGACAUAGUGGGGAUGGGUUGGUAGUUGAACGUGGUGAUUUUAGUUUUCCAACCUUAAUGAUUCUCUGUAAGUACUGUAAGGCAUGAGAAUAGAUCUGGUGGCUUCUCAGAGUUAGUUCAUGUUUUACUGUUUUUACCUUUGAAAGAUCUGCAUGUUGUUGGGGUACCCUGCUGUGUGUAGCUUUUCAUUUUUUAUUUUGUUCUUCAUCUGCCCCCAAGCUCUCUGAACCUCUACUCCAUGCACAUUCAGCUCCUGCUGCUUCUGCUUCUGCUCAGUAUCUGAAAAUCCUUGCAACAAAAUGGGUUUUAUCUCUGACUGGUUCUCUGUCUUUAGUAAAUACAUUUGGGAGACAAAGAGCUUGACAGAAAAUCCCAACUGGCACAUAUAUUUCUUGCUGCUGUCCUUGUGCUCUUCUCCUCAGCCUGGGCUCUGUGGCACAGUGUGGAAGCACAAAACUUGCAAUCCCUGCCAUGCUCUAGGGACUUUGACCAGAGGGUGCUUUCAAAAUCCAUUUUGUAAUGUAUGAGAGCAUUUGGGGUUUUUUCCUGUUUCUUGCCUGCAUAAUGUCUUGUGAGUAUUACAUGGCAUCCAAUAACCUUGAAAUGAUGCUUCAAAAUUGAAAGGAUGCUUUCCACAGGAGGUUAUAAGCGUUCAGCUGAGACCAAACUUCUUCUUGGUGUCCAGCUGAAACAAGUGUUAAUCCAAGACAGAAUUAAGUUGCUAAUGCUGCUGCCAUUCACACCAACCCAUGUUGUUAAAUAAUCCUGUUGUUUUUCAGUGUUCCUUCCUUGUAGUCCUUCAGUUUGUAAUUAAAACGAUGUAGUGCAAGAAUCAUCUCUUGUACAAACCAUCCUGGCUUCCUCAUUGAGGUGCUGACCUUCUCUGUCACCUUCCACCUCAGUGCUGCUUAUAAAGGCUCACAGGGAGAAUAAAACAAGCAUGCUGGAGAGGUAGCGUUCUUUCUUCUGUUGUGCAGGUGAAAAGGGCAAUGCAGAAGCAGCAGGCGCAAAGGAGACCAGGAAAAUACAUAUCUGAAUAGCCUGAAGUAUGGGUGGAGAGGCUGGCAGUAUCUGUGCCUCAGAGCCCAUAGCCAGGAUGAAAACAAGAUGAGAAUUUUUCACAUUGUCAGGAACUGUGCAGGAGGUAUUCAGUGAGAUCUGUACGUGAAGGAACAAAAGCAAAGAAAGUGUUUUUGAUAACCUGGGGACAUGACUCUGGCAGUAGCCUAUGGGUGUCAGUGGGGACAUUCAGGGAUUGUGUCAGCAGCAUUUCUAACCUUGAGAGCGAAAGUACAGCAUUUCUUGUGGUUACAUUCUAAAAGCUGUGGGUAGGCAUCAAGUGGGAACCCAGAAAGCUCGUGGGCGCUUGAUUCCCUUGGAAGCUGUUGGGAUUUGGCACCUAAGCUAGUAAAGUAUUUUUAAAAACUCUUAAAUAUCUUUCUGAAAAUCCGGUCUGAUGUUACUAGUCAGCCUGAGAGGUGAGAUUUUUUUUCCUUAACUGCUCCCUUUGAUCCCUGUUAUUUUCUAGCAGAUAAACAGGAGGAAAUUGAGGAGAGGCAGCAAGGGUGGCCGUGGGACUAGCAAGAUUGACUCAAGAGGAAGUUAAAAGCCUAUGUACAUGGUUUGUUUUAUAACAUGAGGACGGCAGGAGUGUUUAUGGACUUCUGCAGAGUCUCAGAAUGGAGGGUGUGGAAGAAGGAAGGUUUUGGUCUGUGCUCUGCAAGUGCCUGUGGAGGCAGGUAGGGAGGGAGAUGGACUAGAUGACCUUUAAAAACCCCUUCCAACUCAAAGGAUUCUGUAAUUCUAUUUUAAAAAUUACGUCCAUUGGGAUAUAAUUCAUUAGGCUUAGGGUACCCUUGGGGGUGUUUGGUGACAGCAGUGUAGAAAGUUGGAGUUUGGGUACAGUUAGAGUUGAUGAAGCAACAACUGUCUAUCAGUCUUAGCUUCUGAAGAUACCACAGACACGCUCACACCAAGCACGCUGUAACCAGCAGGUCAGAAAAAUUAUUUGAGGUAAAUAUAAAACAAAAAUUAGACCAAAUAACAAGUCAGCAGGGUUGAGUGGCAUUCAACUCAGAGUCCUGAGGAACUUGAAUGUGAAACUGCGGAACUGCUGGCCAAGCUGUAUCAUUCUCUCCUCAUCUGGUAUUGGGUAUUUAGCAUUCGAGGAGCACAGCAGCUGUUCCAUCAUCCACUUUGUGCCCAUUGCUUCUUGACCUGUUGUUGUAUACCACUGAGAAGCGUCUGGCUUGAACUCUACACCCCAUAUCAGUAACGGCCUCUACAUUUGAAGAUGUCCAACAAUGGAGUUGAAACAGAAGACAAACCACCUGCUCCUCCGAUGAGAAACACCAGCACUAUGAUUGGAUCAGGAAGCAAAGACACCGGGACUUUAAACCAUGGCUCAAAACCUUUGCCUCCCAACCCAGAAGAAAAGAAGAAGAGGGACCGAUUUUACCGAUCUAUUUUACCAGGAGAUAAAACCAACAAGAAGAAAGAGAAGGAGCGGCCGGAGAUCUCCCUCCCUUCUGACUUUGAACACACAAUUCAUGUGGGGUUUGAUGCAGUCACUGGAGAAUUCACAGGAAUGCCGGAGCAAUGGGCACGCUUACUACAGACUUCCAACAUCACCAAAUUAGAGCAGAAGAAGAACCCCCAGGCAGUGCUGGACGUACUGGAGUUUUACAACUCCAAGAAGACCUCCAGCAGCCAGAAGUACAUGAGUUUCACAGAUAAGUUGGCAGAGGAAUACAAUUCGUCAAAUACUCUGAAUGUGAAAGCUGUGUCUGAGACCCCUGCAGUGCCCUCAGUGUCGGAAGAUGAAGAUGAUGAAGAUGAUGCAGCUCCACCCCCUGUGAUAGCUCCACGACCUGAACACACCAAAUCUAUAUACACUCGCUCUGUGAUAGACCCCCUUCCUCCUCCUACCAGAGAUGUGGCCACCUCUCCUAUUUCUUCUCCCUCGGAAAACAGCACAGCAGCACCCGACAUGCUGAUCAGGAAUGCGGAGAAACAAAAGAAAAAGCCAAAAAUGUCAGAUGAAGAGAUUCUGGAAAAAUUAAGAAGCAUCGUGAGUGUGGGUGAUCCAAAAAAGAAGUACACGCGUUUUGAGAAGAUUGGACAAGGAGCCUCAGGUACAGUUUACACAGCAAUGGAUGUAGCUACAGGACAGGAGGUUGCAAUCAAGCAGAUGAAUUUGCAGCAGCAGCCCAAAAAGGAAUUGAUUAUCAAUGAAAUCCUCGUAAUGAGGGAAAACAAAAACCCCAACAUUGUCAACUACUUGGACAGUUACCUUGUAGGAGAAGAGCUCUGGGUAGUCAUGGAGUACUUGGCAGGAGGCUCCCUAACAGAUGUCGUUACGGAGACCUGCAUGGACGAAGGACAGAUUGCAGCUGUGUGCCGAGAGUGUCUUCAGGCUUUGGAAUUCCUCCACUCAAACCAAGUUAUUCACAGAGACAUCAAGAGUGACAACAUCCUACUGGGAAUGGAUGGCUCUGUCAAAUUAACUGACUUUGGCUUCUGUGCCCAGAUCACUCCUGAGCAGAGCAAACGCAGCACCAUGGUGGGGACCCCAUACUGGAUGGCACCUGAAGUGGUGACACGGAAAGCAUACGGGCCCAAAGUGGACAUCUGGUCGCUGGGGAUAAUGGCCAUCGAGAUGAUUGAAGGAGAACCCCCCUACCUCAACGAGAACCCCCUGAGAGCACUGUAUCUCAUUGCUACCAAUGGGACUCCAGAACUGCAGAAUCCAGAAAAGCUUUCACCCAUAUUCAGAGACUUCCUAAACCGCUGUCUUGAAAUGGAUGUGGAAAAAAGAGGUUCUGCAAAAGAGCUGCUACAGCACCAGUUCCUGAAAAUCGCAAAGCCUCUUUCUAGCCUCACUCCUCUAAUUAUUGCUGCCAAAGAGGCAACAAAGAACAACCAUUAAAGUGACAGAGUUAACACAGUCAUCGUGUCAAACCAUUUUAGAUGUCCAUUUGAGAGACUGAGUUACCUGCUCCUCUCAUUCCCUCCUGCCCUGCCUUCACAAGGAUGUUCUUAAAACUUUGAUCUGUGAUGAAGGGUAGCAGAGGGAUUGUUUGAUGAAUGUGGAACAUUGCUGAUCGUACAGAGUGAACUGCCUUUCCAUCUGUCUGGAUGGGGGCAGGAGGGGAAGGAUAUCUUUUACGGCCAAGAAGAUCUGGGAAGAUCCGAACCUGACCUACAUGUAACAAAUCCAGUUUGUUUUCAUAUUACUGUGUUUGUUUUUUAAAAAAUCAUGUGGAGCCUUAGACUAUGUUUAUCUUAAUAAAUGAAAUCUUUUACUGGCUGGACUCUUCCUGCUUCUGCCAAGCUGCUCUUGCACCGCUCAAGCUGCUCUGUGCUUUGGAGGAGUCGAGGAGGAAAUGAAGCAGCAGCAGAAAUUUGAACAGCUCUAACAACGGAGAGGGGGGUGAGGGCAGGAACACGCAGCCCUCCUGCAGCACUGCUGGAUGCUUCGAGGGAGUGAGGAGAAAGCCUGUGUGUGCUUCCUGAGGCUGCUGGACAGCUUAAUUCACGGGUGAUCUUUUGUUCAAAUGGUGUGAAUCAAGGUUUCUCUCCACACGCUUUCAAAUAUUUGUGAUAUUCUAGAAAAAUCAGAAGAGAAAUGAAUAGAGAUUCCUUUUACGGUUACUGUAUCAGCACUCUGAGGCUUCAUGGAGACCUGUUGUAUGAUAAAGUGAACAGAGCAAUUACUAUUAUAAGGAUAAGAUUUGCCUGCAAGAUGAUGUUGACGACAACUGUUUCUUAGACCAAGUCCAACAGAAAACAAACUGAUCAUGGAUGCUGUUUUCCUGAAAACAUCAGGACAUUAAUUUUCUUGGAAUGAGAGAAUAACCUGGUAUCUGUAUGCUACUGACUCCUCUCAUUGCUAACGAUCUGUAAAAAAACAACAGGAAACCUGGAACUACUAGAGAGAUUGGUUGUAAACACUGGGCUUAUGUUCAACUGUAUACUGAUUUUUAAUAAAAUGACUGUUGAAUUUCUUAACCUGGGGCUGAGGGAGGAUUGGAGAAUUCACUGUCACCCAACAGUUCUGUCAGAUGGGAUUAUUUUUCAUGUUAUUGUCAGUGAGUGCUUGAAGGUGACAGGUAAUGGGAUGGAAGUUUCUGUAGCCCUAUGGGAUAGCAAGUGAUUCUGAAGGGGAGUCGAGGGAAAGGAUAAAAGAUCUCAGUGUGCUUGCUGUAUAUAUUGCUUUGGGUAUUUAAGGGGUGAGCUUAAAUCAGUUCUGGAGUAAAUUUCAUUCCCUCCCCAAAACACUUGUGUUGCACAGAAACUCAUUCCUGCUUCUUGCUGCUCAACCAGUCCUUUCCUCUCUGCCCCAGGCUGUCCUCCAAAUGUAUGUUUUUCCCCACUCACCUUACAAUAUAUGACAGCCCUUGCACUGGUUUUUCAGAUAAAGUUUGCAAAGUCUCUCA